AUGGUCUGCGGCAAAUGCCAACAGCUGCAAAAGCAGACGCAGCUAGCCACACCCGCCGUCAAGAAGAAGAACGAGAUGUACUAUGGCUCUCCAGCCGGUAACAAGACUGCUAGCACGAGUGGCAGCAAACCCUCCGCGACGCUGGGUCAGACGGGUGUCAGCAAGAGCAAACUGCUGAGUAAGAGCGCAAAGAACCCGUAUGCCAUGUACUCGAGCUCUUGCGACAAGUGCAAGACGAAAGUCGACAGCGGGAAGAAGUACUGUCAUCGAUGUGCUUACAAGGAGAACUCUUGCGAAAUGUGUGGCAAGAGCUUAACGAAGAGCUCGAGCACGAAGGGCGCGCCUGUGGUUCAAGGGCAGCGCUUUUCUGCCAAGUAA